AUGACCCAAGAGCAGGACUUGGCAUUUUACCUCAUUAAACCUCAUACAGCUGGCCUUGGCCCAUCAAUCCAGCCUAUAAUUUGUAAUACGGAUAAACAUUUGCAGGCUCGGGGCCUAAACAAACAGCAACGCUUGGCCCACCCGCUGAGCUGGCCGAAAUCCUGUGGUGUACACAAAGUUUUCAUCUUUCGGGGGUUUCGGGGAGCGCCGGGAGCGAAGGGCCGGACCCGGCGGUACCUAAAGGCCCCUGGAUACAUCUGUCAGCUGCCGCUGGGAGCCGCCGCCGCCUUCAUCCCAGCGGCCUUUCCCCCGUUCUACCCGUACUUCCCAACAGCAAAGGAGCCGUGUGGGUCAGCUGCCCCGCGGUGGAAGCUUUACGGACGGGCCGCCGGGGGCACGGGCCGCCACCGCGCGUCGGGGCCGCCGCGUCUCCCGGGGACACCGCCGUGCCCCCGCCACAGCGACAGCCCCUCACCCCGCGCGGGGGGCCGGCGCCCAUCCUCCCCUCCCUCCUCACACCCGGCUUGCACACGUCCAGAAGCGCCCCCAAACGCGCCCGUCCCGCGGGCCACCCACGGCCGGCGCUCCCCGCCCCGGGCGCACCUCCCGCGGCCGCGGAGGGCGAGGCGGCCGAGCGCCCUCUGCCGGCGGCCGCCCGCCUGGCAGCGCGGCGCGGGGGCGCGCUCACCGCCCGCCCGCUCCCCGGCCGAGCCACCUGCACCCCCGCGCCCGCCCCGUCCCGAGGCUCGGCUGCCCGCCGCCCGCCCGGCCUCAGCCGUCGCUUUGCUCCCGCAGCCCCCCGGCCGAGCUGCUCCCACCCCCGCCCGGCCCCAUCCGCUCGGGUUAUUCCCCCCGCCCCGAUGCACGACGCCGGUAACAAAGGGCUGGAGCCCACCCAGGGGCGGGCGCCCGCAGCCCGCGGGUGACACGGGUGCUGCCGCCGCGCCGCUGGCAGCCCGCAGCUCUCCGCCGCCGCCCCCGGGGCUGCCUGCGCUCCGCGGGGUGACAGUGCCGGGCGCGACUCCGCCAGCGGAGAUGCCGCCGCCGCCCCAUCCCGCUACCUUUGGGCCCUCCCAGAAACCGGCGAGAAAGCGAAGCAAAGCCCCGUGCCGCUCCCUUACCUUGCUGGGCAGAGAGAGAAAAAGUUGA